AGUGUAGAGUGGUGGAUGCGGACCGACCGAGUGGAUGUCGACGGAAUGUAGAGUGGUCGAUGCGGACCGACCGAGUGGUUGUCAAGUAGGGUGGCAAAGUGCGCGCGUAGUCCAAUUGCGUAUUUACCCAUCACGAGUCCCCCACUUCUUGAAUCCGCGAGAAUUGUCGGGUUUGAGAAGUGAAAAUGUUUUCUCGCCAUCUUCUUCGGUCGGCUACAUCAUGGACAAUCUUCUCUCAUGUCGGUCUACAAUUUCCUUCUCCAUGCAACAUGCCAUCUUUGGGUUUCCAUAAGCUAGAGCAAUCCAUAUUUUUUUUUAAGCCCAUUACUUCACUAAGGCCCAUCAUUUUUCAAGGCCCAUUGUUUUCUCUAUAAAUACCCUUCUCCCUUCUCAUUUUUUUCACUUCAAGCCCCCUUGCACAUCUUCAAGCACACCAACUACCAACUUGAGCUACUCUAACCAACAUGUCGCAAGAUGAUAGCCAAAACGUUUUUGCCCAUGAUUAUGAUGAUUUGAUUGAGGAUGAAUUUUGUGUGUCCGAGGGUGGGUCACCGAAUCGUUCUGACGAUGCUCAACAAGUGAGGGCUCGUCCUGUCGCCCCCACACAAUCUGUCCCUUCACAAAUUCUUUUGAAGAAAAGGAAAAUCCAAACGGACGACUCCACUUCGAGCAAGGUGAAAGAAACCUCGACGAGCAAAAGUAUCACGCCAAGUGGUGAUUAUGUCGAGUUGGAUCCCAAAGGAGCUUUUGCCACUCCGGUUGAAAUAUCUCCCAAGGAGGAGGAGCAACUUGCAGAUUUGAUUGGAGAAGGGAUCCGUUACGAGGUUGACCGACGCCUGACUAACAUCGUUUCUUGUCAUUACAAGAAAUGGAUAGGUGUCCAUCUGGAUUCGCUGAAAGCUGGUAUGCGUAUCCCCCUUGAUCCUUUCCUUGUUGAUUUUGUGAAUUAUUAUGGCAUAGUUCCAAGCCAAGUGGCGCCAAAUGGUCAUCGUAUACUUGCGUGCUUCCCUCAAAUUUGUGCACGUCAUCAAGUUCCUUGCACGAUCGAUUUGUUCAACUUCCUCCAUCUUGUAAAGACUAUGGGGAAGAAUUGCCACCCCAGCUUCGUGAUCAUUCAAUGUCGCGGGUUGUUUGGAAAAGUUUCUGGUCUGCCUGAUAACAACCGUAAGUGGAGGGGGAAGUUUCUUCGAGUGUUUUUGAAAGACGGGGUGCCUUUCAAAAAUGAGUGGUCUCGUCGAAUGCGCAAGUGCGUGCUACCACCUGAGACUUUAGAGAUCAAGGAUGCAGUCGAGAAGAUUUCAUCGGAGUGCUAUUCUUGGGAUAAUUAUCACUCUCCAGAGGCAUUGGCUGCAGCUCAUCUACCCCCUCCGAUGUAUGGGGUUCAACGUCAGGUUGUCCCAGAUGGUCAUCUAGCAAUGGACCUUGACCCUGACCUUGAGGAAUUUGUAGGUGCUGGGGGGAAGUCGUCAUUCGGUAUUGAUCAGUCUCAAUCAUCGAAGAUCACUCUGAAAAGGAAGUCCGCACCAUCUGACCACCACGAGACCGACCAGUUACCCAUUGGACCCCCUCCGUCUAGUUCUUCUAUCGCUCCAGUUCCUUCUACGUCAUUGGGCAAGCGUCCUCUAGGUGAGGUUGAGGUUGAAACUAAGGUUCCUGGUAGUACACUCGCAACCAAUCGUGAGAUGCCUCGACUUGCGGAAGAGGGACCCCCUCACGUACGUGCACUUGUUCGUGGGACGGCUGAUCUACCAAAAAUGUUCAACCUACUGUCCGAGCUAGGCCCCCCACCUGCGAGUGUCGUCAGUGAUACCAAUGAAGAGGUCGCCGCAAAGAUGGCCCAACACUUAUCCUACGUUGCAAACACAAGCACCGAGCUAUUCAUGCGGUGUCAACUAUAUGCCAUGAAGCGGGAAGAAGAGUCACAAGCAUUUAAAGCCACGAUGAGGGAUUUGGAAAACCAACUUGAGUCUUAUCGCGCGCGGGUGGCCCAGUUGGAGGAAUCUUUAAAGCAAUAUCCGAAAUCCGAUCAGUUUCGCAGGGACGCCAUUGCUCAUUUCGCCUCUCAUCCGACCGAAAUACCUGGUCUGCUCUCUACUCUGUGCCCAUCUGAGGAAGCUGCUCUACCUCUAUUCCACAUGUUUCGGGAUGAUCCAGUGAUAUCAAAGAUGCUCCGUAGGGUGGCUGGCUGGGGAUACCACAAGGGAAAAAAGGGGAUGCAACAAAACUUGUAUCGCACACUGGAGGCUGCCCUUCCGGACGACUGGGAAGAGGUCCGUGUUGUGCUACCCGCCGAUCUGACACCUCCUGGUCCAGAACCAUUCAGCAAGCCUUCAACAAGUUCGAUUGAUCCUUCUGCAACAUCCUCAUGCAAUUAAGAUCCUUGACCGCUUUGCUCUCCUUUAAUUGUUCUUUAGGUUUUCCUUCGUGUGCUCGGGAGGCUGACCCCGUUCUUGUGUCAGUCAGACUAUCGUACUCUUUCAAGUAUUUCCUCUUUUUUAUGA